AUGGAUGAGUCCCUCUUACCGCGGACUCACUCACGUAUAACCGAUUUCAUACCUACCUUCAGUUCCAUCUUUCUUUACAUUUUCUACGUCGCGGUCGCCCUCAUCGUCAUCGUCAUCGUCAACAUCAUCGCCAUCAAAUUCCUGGGCACCAAAUUCCUCGCAAGCCGACUUGAUACAGACCAAGCCCCCAAGUCGACAUUCGAACUCGUCCCUGCGGGUGGUCAUAAUGUAAACGCACGCGCUCAGGGCGUUGACAUCAUAUUUGUUCAUGGCCUUGGGUCCAACCCUGAUACAUGCUGGCAAGCAAAAUCAACCACGAAGACAUCAAACUCAGCAGAAGAUGAGCAUGUGAACUGGUUCAGCGAUUUUCUUCCGCAUGAUCUACCUCGUGAAAUUCGGGAGGAUGUACGCAUCUUCUUCUACAAUUAUGAGUCAUAUUGGAUGAGAGAUGCUGUGCAUACACGGCUAUCAACUAUUGCCAAUGGCCUACUCGAACACAUUGACUCAAAACUCUGUCAAUCUCAACGUGCGCUCGUUCAAGCCAAAAGGAGACGCGAGUUCAGUCAUUUAGUAGGGCGAACCAAAGCAAUAUUGUUUCUAGGUGCACCCCAUCGGGGGUCUACCUAUGGAUUGUUGGGUUGGCUCGGAGCAGUGCUCCUGAGACCUGUGGGAUCCAAUCAUAUGAUCCUCGCCCAUAUGGAUUAUGACUCUCAAGAACUGAGUGACCUCCAUGAGAACUUUAUUGCGAGUACCCAGGAUGAUUUGAAAGUCAUCAACUUUUACGAGCAGAGACCAGAGCUUGAUUUGGUGUUCUGGCAGUUAUUUGUGAGUUGGGUCGAGCAAUUUUUGCAAACUACUCUCAAUCGUUUUGAUCUGACCUUACAGACUGUUGCUGAGAGCUCAGCCACGUAUCAUGGAAAAAAUGUCCGCAAAAUUGCACUCCCCGUUGGUCAUAGGGGAUUGAACAAGUUUGGGUCCAGAAAUGAAUUCUAUGAAAUCAUUCGAUCAAAGCUUGUUGAGCUCAUGUGGCCAUUGGUUCAGCCUGCGAAAACCAUCUAUCAUGUCCCUGUGAAGGAAAUGCAGAAUUUGAUACAACGAGAUCAACUUUGGGAGGAUCUCCAAGAAAAGCUCGAGAUACAACACGAGAAUGCCAGCAUUCCAUAUGCAGUUACACUUUACGGACUGGGUGGUGCCGGCAAAUCCAUGUUGGCGCUGAAGUAUGCGGAAAGCAAAAAGGCCCAAUAUGAUCCCAUAUUCUGGAUCGAUGCAGCCAACGAUGACACCAUUCGGUCCCGAUUCGGUAGUUUUGCGACAAUGCUUGGUCUUCCCAGCAAACAGAACAACAGACAAGGGACAUCUCUCGUAGAUGACCCUGUUAUCCAGAGUGUACUUCAGUGGUUUCAGGACCGAAACGAAAUGGAUCGUGAAUGGCUGGUUAUUGUGGACAAUGCGGAUGAUGUCAAAUCGGACUUGAAGCAUGUUAUACCGAGAGGUCUCAGAGGGCGACUCAUUAUCACUAGUCGUGAUGAACAGAGUCAAAAACUGGUUUAUGGGGGCUGCGAGCCAAUUCGGGUUGAUGUCAUGUCGACCCAAGAGGCUCGAGAUGUUCUCCUUCAACGUCUGUCGAGAGACAUUAGCAUGCUUCCAGCAGUGGAAGAGAAGUGCGAUGAAAUUGCCGAGAAGCUUGGGUAUCUAGCACUUGCGAUUGAUCUUGCGGGUGCAUACAUUGCCAGUGGUCCCGAAGACACACAUGAAGAAGCCCUCAUACAAUAUUCGGAAGAUUUCGAGUGGCAUCGGGAUGAGCUUUUGAAAAUGGACAAUAGCAACUGGGAUACCCCCGCAGAACUGAAUGUGUGGGCAGUUUGGGAUACCACGCUGAGGAAAAUUGAACGAGAGCAUGCCCAAUUCCAACCUGGACUUCUGUUGACGUUCCUGGCGUGGUCCAAAAGUCCUAUAUUCCAGGACGAGUUGUUCCGCCUGGCAAGCCUUGGUAUAUCCGAUGUCGAUGAAAACCUGGGCGAGAUCCUUUUCAGCGAGCUCCGAAGAUUUAUCCUGGCAAAAGAUGAUUCAUGGGACAGCUUUAUGUACCGCAAAAGCCUCGAGAUCUUGAUCCGAUACAGCCUUGUCCAGCGAGUACGCGGGGAUUGGCCCGGUACGACAAUGCACAGUCUAGUUCGGUGGAGGGCAGCGCGUCGCUACCAAUCCGAGAACUGGCAGUGGUUUCACACAGCCUUCAUACUUGCUGCAUCAGCGAAAACCACGAAGGGAGGUCAAAGAAAAUUCCGUCGGCAUUUGAUAGCGCAUCUCCCAGAUGUUGAGAGCGUUGACUUGAGUUGGCACAAAGAUCCAGACGUUGGUAAAGACUUCAUAUGGAGCACUCUUGCAACGAUCUAUUCUCAUGAAGACUUUUUGAGAGAGGCAGAGAAGCUUGGUCUGCAGCUAAUGGAGAUGAGAAAGAAGAGACUUGGCGAGGAUCAUGCCAGCACGCUCAAAGCUAUCGUCGACCUCGCUUCGACGUACAUGUAUAACGCACAAGAGGAUAAGGCGGAAAAGCUUCAGACCCGAAAGAUCAAGAUAUGCAAGGAACUACUCAGCAAGAACGAUUGCGAUAUUCUCUCGGAACUCGAGAGACUCCGCAGGAUCCACGAGUACCAGGGGCGAUGGGAGGAGGCGGAAGACCUCCAAACUCAAGAAUCCCAAAUAAGAGAGGAGCGUGGCGAAAAAUUUCCCAAGACGCUACAGGAUAUGGAUCAACUCGCCAAGGCACACGAGCACCAGGGCCGAUGGAAUGAGAUGCAAGAUCUUGAGAUCCAGAUGCUGGAACUAAGCAAGGAAGCCCUCGGAGAGGUCCAUCAGUUUACCUACUAUGUUUUGCGGAGACUCUGUAUUACAUACCUGAAACAGAGUCUUUGGGAGAAAGCGGAGGAAGUCCAAAUACAGGCAAUUCACAUGAGCAAGAAGCUAUUUGGUGAGCUCACCCAGCCAACGACUGUAUGUAUGGAAGAACUUGCAGAGACAUACCAAAAGCAAGACCGAUGGGAGGAUGCAGAAGAGCUUCAACUCAAAGUGAUACAGAUGCAGAAGGACAUGUGGGGCGAUGAAUUUUACGAUAUGCUGCGGAGUAUUGGUCAUCUUACAGAGACAUACCAGAACCAGGGCCGUUGGAAAGAGGCGGAGGACCUCCAAGUCCAUGUGAUGCAGAAAUUCGAAAAGAGGCUCGCCAGUCACCAUCCCAGCAGAUUAUGGAUUCAAAGCUUACUAGGUUGGACAUACCAGCACCAGGGUCGAUGGGAAGAGGCGGAAAAUCUCCAAGCCCAGGCUGUGCAGAUCAGCAUAGAGAGGGACAAGACUUCUUCUCUCACGCCCGAAAUUAUAGCACGGCUCGUCUUGACCUACCAUCAACAGGGCCGACAAGAAGAGGGAGAAAAACUCAAGGCACUUGCGACUGAAAGGGAAAUAGAGGUCUCCGACAUCUGCCCAAAUUCCUCAAGUGCUCUGGUUUCUGAUCGCCCAAUUUGA